AUGUCUGACGUCCGACGAGACAUCAGGACAGGAGAGUCGCCGGGCGAGGAGGCUUCACAUCUACAGCUCGACGACUUCUCCCGCCAUCGUGACGUCACGCAUGACACUUUUCGCGGCAUGGCCCACAACGAGGAGUCCGACGACAAUGGCCUCAAGGAGUUGAUGCAGCUCUUGCGGAGGACUCCUCCUCCAGAAAACCGCAUGUCGAUACCAGACAAUUUCAGCACCAGCUCCUCGGAAGACGAUAGAUGGAAAAGGUUUAAGAUCAAAAUCCUUCGGAAACGACGAAAACCUCGGAAACCCCGUCCACCGACUAUCAAGCUUCCAGAUUCAGCCUUGGCAGCCAAAACCAUCGACGGCCAUCGUCACAUCGCCAUUUCUAUUCCGAUUGAGUAUUCGUAUCUGAACCCGCUCUCGCCUUCGCAAUACCCGGUCUUCGAAUCGAUGGAACCGAACUUCAACAGAGAAAUUGACUCUAGACUCGGAACGGUACUGGGUCCUGUUGCCGAGGAUCGCGAAUCCUCGUCCUCGAUAUCGCUAUCACCGAAGGCCUCGUCUUUCGUGGAACGGACGACGACCGCAUUGUCUGCUCCUCCUCGACGACGGCAAACAGUCCCACACCAAGAAGCUCGUUAUACCCCUCGGAAGAGAAGGGACUCUUCCAAGAGCAGAGAACCAGGAGAAGCUCGCUCUCGUCCACGAUCAGAGGAACUCUCAGGUGGCGCAGUUGUGUCACAUGGUCGUGAUGAGUACCGAUAUUCAGCACCGGGAGAUCUCAGGCUACGCGGCAAGGAGGUGACGGAGCAAGAACCUAGGAACGCCUCUGAUAUUGUCACUCAGACGAUUGAGGUGCCACGAACACGAAGAUCCGCGAGAAGCUCCAAAAUGCCCGAGAGGACGCAAUCUAAAACCGAGCCGACAAUAACUCAUGAUACCACUGGGAAGGGUCAUUCGAGAAAUCCCAGUGACGCCUCUACUUCGUCAGGCAUCCUAUCAUCCAAUAGGCCUAUUGCGCUGAGUCUGCCGAAGCGAAGGUCGAGCAAGAAGGCCAUAACCGGUGCCGAACCUGGCGAAACGAUAGACAACGUCAUCAGCAGCCGGCGCUCAUCGAGGAGCGAUGAAGGCAGCACCCACGAGAAUGGUCCAGGUGGCGGACUUCGCCCUAUCAUUGGUAACGUGCCUCGCGGGUCCUUGACUGACAGUCUUGUCACCACGGAGUCGUCGCCUAAAUUGUUCAAGGCGCAAACCGCCACCGCCUACCACACUAUCCCUGUCGUGACCCAAUCACCUUCGCGAUUUAGUUACGAUUCUCCCUUGAACUUCGACUUUCCAAAGCCUCCUGUCCUGAAAAUCGAUCGGGCUGUACAGACCGUGCCACCGCCUCCAGCUCCUCCCGCGGUCGAGAGAGCUCAGAGUUGGAGAGAAAGAGUGUGGGGGAAGAAACACAGAGACGUUGAAAGGUUGAUAGCCCGUUUUGAACGCGUCCAAACUCCACCGACACUCCCACCAGAGAUUCCGAUUGCUACAGCGAAGGCGGGCGCCUCUACGCCACCAAGGCCUACCACGGCCGGUAAGAUGAAGCUAGAUGUUCCGCCAGUCGUCGGGACGCCCGGCCCUGGCACGUCACCAAACUUCCCGCAGAUGCCUACAUCUGCCUUCCGAGGUAGACUGGAGGAGAAAGCUGUAGAGCUACCGCCAGCGAAAAGCCCCUCGUCUCCGUCUUCACAAGAGUCUCUAGAUCCCACCUCGAGUCGCGCCUUCGACCCUGUGUUUCAGCAGCGCUGGCGAGAACGGCAGGCCGCGAAGAAAGAACAAGAAGAUCAAAGAUUGCGGGACAUCGCCAGGGCUCUUGCGGAGCAGAAGGAGACCACCGACAGGCUGUCGCGUCAAGAGCUCGUGCAUCGAUAUGAGGCUCUCAAAGAGGCGCGCAUGUACGAGAUGGAGAGGCGCAUGCGCAGGCUCGAGCGCAACAGCGAGAUCUGGCUGCGGUCGAUAGCACCCAUGAUGGAGACUCUCAACAGACUCCUGCAGGAGCAGAAUCGCCUGCAACGGGCCGAGUCUUCGCGCCACCACGGACCUGUCGCGACCUCGUCCAACUCGCUUCGACCCCUUCGCAGCUUCGACAGCUCUUUAAAUACACAUCCCUCGCAAAGCAUGCAGGAUCUGCUGGGGAAAGACCAUAUCGGAAGCUCCAGGCCUCGCUCAGCGGAGCCGCUCGGCAGAGAGCCGAGGGGCGCUAUGCGCGGCGGCCAGCUCGUCAACAGGCCCCUGUCCUACCCGCCGCGCAGUGCGCUACAGGAGGAGUUCGAGAAGGAGCUUACAGCGCGUCGCGCACACGAUCAGCGCGUGGACGAGGUGGAUGCGCGCAUGCGGAAAACGGUUGCCGCCCAGGCGGAGCAGGCCCAGGCCACUAUCGAGGGGGGCGCUGCUGCUAUCACGGUAACGGAGUCUCCUGAUGAAUCUAGCCUUGAAAAGCUUGAGCCCCUGAUGCGCGAGUUGCAGGCUGCGGCAGGGGUCGAUACGCUAGGAUGUGGGGGAGCGGGAGUUGGGAUUGAAGGGGAGGGCGAGGGGGAUACGUCCUCUACUGAUGAGGGUAGCCAGGCAUUCGCGCUUUUUUGA